AUGCGCUCCGUCACGGUUCUCUCCUUGCUGGCGCUGAGCUUGGGCACUGUUGCCCAAGAAGCAUCCCCUUCCGAAAGCCCGACGACAUCGAUUGAAACGGUGUCAACGGAUGUCACCACACCCAGCGAGACAACGACACCACCCGAGUCCAUCCCCACGCCUUCGGAUAGCAGCGGCAGCAGCAGCAGCGACACUCCCGUGGUCACACCGACCCAGUCUGACUCGCUGACCACAAUCACCACAAGCAGCGACGGCAGCACCAGUACCGAUAGUAUCACCGCUAGCCCGACGGUCUCGACAGACGUGGAUGACCCGGAGGCCACAUAUACCAUCCCUCCGGACUUUUACGACGUGACCAACGUAGACGAGGGCACCCUCGUCGAUGUCAAGCCCUCGCGGGAUGAGGCCAUUGAUCUCGGCGCCUUGGAGGUGGAUGCGUACGCCGACGUGCUUGCCGACAAUAAGUUGACGCCUCAGGACAACCCAGACGAGGUGACUGCGGCAGUGUUGCCCGUCUGCCCCAAUGUCAAGGCUGCCGCCUCGCGCAAUGCAGAGCGCGGUAUCCGCCUUCCGCAGUAUGGCUGCAUCCGCAAGACAUUGGAGAUCAGUGUCAACUGGAACCUGGUCAUGGCGAGCUCCAAGACUCCAUCCUCGUCGCAAGCCGCUGCCCUGUCCCGUGUCCAGCGAAACAUGGAGUUCCUCAACCAAGUCUACAACCCGUUCGGCAUCACCUUCACCAUGACCAACUGGGAGACGCGUGUGGCCAAGUGGUUCACGAACCUGCAGUACGUGACGGGCGACAGCUUCGAUGCCACCUGGGACGAGACCAAGCAGUACCAGGCCUACAUGCAGAGCACGCGGCUCGGGUCGUACAAGGACCUGAAUGUCUGGGUUGUCGACGACAUUACUGUGAUCAACUCGGAUAGGCGUGUUGCUGGGUUUGCCACGUUCCCCAACUGGAACAAGAAGCACGACGGGAUCGUGCUCAGGCAGUCCGCCCUGACUCCCGUGUCCACUUCUCCGCUGCUCACCACCUCGACCGACCCGGACACCUGCCUCGAGCCCGGCACCGUCCCUUUGAUUCGGGGCUCGACCCUGAUCCACGAGGUCGGCCACUGGCUGGGCCUGAGGCAUGUGCACGAGGGCGGAUGCGCCAGUGACGACGGCGUGGCCGACACGAACCAGGUCGAUGACGGGCCCAACAGGAACUGUUGCUUCCAGGUCGGUUGCAAGACGGGCAAGUACCGUGUCAUCAACUGGAUGAGUUACUCCCGAUGUGCCGGUACCAGCAUCUACGGCCGCCCGCACAACCCGUCCUCCUUUACCGACGGCCAGCGCUCCCGCAUGUUCUCGCACUACCAGCGCUAUCGCACAGGCUACAUGUGCGACCACGUCACCGUGGGCCGUCGGGGCCUCAAUGGCGACGCCCAUGCCCUUUCCGUCCAGAGACGCCGGGCCGAGGACAAGGCCAAAGUCCUUGCCGACCUGCUCCUGCACAACUGCUCCGUCGCGAUCCAGGACGUCUUCGAGCCCGGCACGAUCCCCCUCGAGAAGGGCGUGCUGGACAUGUACUCCUCCAGCGCGAUCUUCUUGCAGGCGAACCCGACGCCGGUGCCGGACGGGGUGGCCAAGCCCGAGACUGUGAGCUACGGGACGAAUCAGCCUACUGCUACGGUCCCCGGCGGAGGCGGUAUCGGGGGAACGAACGGUGGAGGAGGUGGUGCGGGUGGCUCGGGGACGGCGGCAACAGGCACGCCCAAGCCGACGAAUGGUGCCGCGGUUCUCGGGCCAUGGAUUGGUGGUGCACAGGGAGUGAUUGGUGUGGCGUUGUGGAGUAUCGCGAUGGGCGGGCUAGGGUUCUUCCUUCUUUGA